GUCAUAUUUGUUAAACGUCAAACCACCGCGUCAGAGUCGUGUCUUGAUGGUGCAAAAGCUUAAAAAAUUGACGCGAGUUUUUCUUUAAUUUAGGAGAGAAUUUCUGUGUCAAAAGUGGAAUUUUGUAGUGCACGUAAUGUCCGUUCCACCGGUUGCCGGAAUGCAACAUUUUCCAGCGCUGGUGCCAUUUAGUGUCCCACCACCCGGUUUCGGCGCACCUGCUGCCGCCGGAGAUGGAGCCGCCACCGCCGCGGCAAUAUCGAUGAUCCCCAUUGGAGGGAUGAUGAGUGAAUGGACAGAACAUAAAGCACCGGACGGACGCGUUUACUACUACAACAGUGUGACCAAGCAAAGUUUGUGGGAAAAACCGGAUGAACUUAAGUCCCCAGUAGAGAAGCUUCUAUCACAGUGUCCUUGGAAAGAGUAUCGAUCGGACCAGGGAAAGGUCUACUACCACAACAUUAACACCAAGGAAUCACAAUGGGUGGCUCCUCCUGAGUAUUUGGAACUGAAGGAAAAAGUAGACGCGGAAAAAGCGGCAGCCGAUGCAGCAAAGGCCGCUGCUUUGAAGACAGUUGCAGCCGCAGCUACCGGCAUUCCAAUGAUGAUUCCACCGGUGGUAAUGCCCGUUAUGUCUCCUGCAUUGGCCGCCAGUGAUUCGCUUACAUCGCUGGCCGGAGUUACACCCGGAUCUGCGGAAAACUCGUCAUCUGCAUUGGAUCAGGCCAUGGCAGCAACACUGGCUGCGAUAGAAGUCCCUGAGGACCCGGAACCGAAGAAAGAGGAAGGCGAGGAAGAGAAACCACCGGUUGAGGAAGAACCCGUUGUGGAGUUUAAAGACAAGAAAGAGGCGAUUGAAGCGUUUAAAGAGUUUCUGAAGGAGAAGAACAUCCCGUCGAGUGCAAAUUGGGAACAGUGCGUGAAAAUUGUGCAGAAAGAUCCAAUGUUCAACGUGUUCAAAAAGCUACAAGAAAAGAAGCAAGCAUUUAACGCUUAUAAGACGCAAAAGCAGAAAGACGAGAAGGAAGAGCAACGCCUAAAAGUAAAAAAGUCUAAGGAGGAAUUGGAGAAGUUCCUCAUGUCGUCGGAUAAGAUGAAUUCCACCUUGAAGUACUACCGAUGUGAUGAGAUGUUUGCCAGUCUGGAUGUGUGGAAAACAGUACCCGAACAGGACCGUAGGGACAUUUAUGAAGAUUGUAUGUUCAAUCUGUCCAAACGAGAAAAAGAAGAUGCCAGAAUUCUCAAAAAGCAAAACAUGCGGGUCCUUGGAGAACUGCUGGAAGCAAUGACCUCGGUAACGUAUCAAACAACAUGGUCAGAAGCGCAGGUGAUGCUCUUAGAAAAUUCAUCCUUCAAGAAUAAUGUUAAUUUGCUUGGCAUGGACAAGGAGGACGCCCUGAUAGUUUUUGAGGAGCACAUACGCACUUUGGAACGCGAGGAGGACGAAGAGAAGGAACGUGAAAAAAAGCGUCUUAAACGGCAGCAGCGUAAGAACAGAGAUCAAUUCCUCGCGCUACUCGAUACCCUUCACGAGGAGGGUAAGUUGACGUCGAUGUCACUUUGGGUAGAACUGUACCCAAUCAUUUCGGCCGAUUUACGUUUUUCUGCUAUGCUCGGUCAAAUUGGUUCCACUCCACUGGAUCUCUUCAAAUUCUACGUGGAGAAUUUGAAGGCUCGAUUCCACGACGAAAAGAAGAUAAUCAAAGAGAUCCUCAAGGAAAAAGAGUUUAUUGUUCUGUCGAUUACGACUUUUGAAGACUUUGCCACUAUCGUCUGCGAAGACAAGCGAUCUGCCACACUGGACGCAGGAAACGUCAAGCUUACCUACAACUCACUCCUAGAGAAAGCAGAGGCCGCCGAAAAAGAACGAUUGAAAGAAGAAACCCGUCGCAUCCGAAAAAUGGAGAACGAACUCAAAGGAAUUUGGAUCGAAUCCGGCCUUUCAGCGGUUGACAGUUGGGAGGUGGCGCAAAAGUUGGUUAUGGACCUGGAGGUUUACGAUGCGUACGAGAAAGAAGACAAGGUGGAACGACUUUGGGAGGAGUUCAUCAAGGAAGCAGAGGACUCCUGCAGUCAUCACCACUCGCGGUCCAAAAAAUCCAAGAAGAACCGCAAGCACAAAAAGAAGUCUCGUUCGUCGUCUAAAUCGGAAUCGGAGGCAUCAGAACCGGAAUAUGAGAAACCAUCAAAAAAGAAACGCAAGUCUCGAUCACGAUCGCGCAGCAAGUCCUCCGAAUCGGUAAGUGACGAACAAGGUGAACGUGAUCGGAAACGUAAGAAGAAGAAGAAGCACCGAAAACAUUCGCGCACGCCAUCAUACGAUGAUAGUGCCGCACUCGAAGCCAAGAACGGUGGUGGUUCAGUUUCACGAUCACCCUCACCUGAGGUUGAACGUAAGAAGAAAAAGAAAGACAAAAAGAAGAAAGAGAAGCGGCGCUCCCGCUCUGUGAGCAGCACCCGGCACCGGUCACCGCAGAACGGCUCGGGCGGUCGUAAUGGAGAUGGAUCUACCCCCAAGAUUGGCGAUGACGCUGCCCUGUCCGAGACAGAGUUGGAGUCGCAACGAGCCGCCCUGUUGGCCCAGCUGAACGAACAGAUGGAUGAGUGAUCCUUGUACGAGCCGAUCGGUUUACACCGGACCGGAUCUGGCAAAAGGAUACGCAAGUAACGACGAUGGUAGCACGUGUUCUGAUGGAUAAUUAUUAAGAAGAAAACCGCUGCGAGAAAUGAGUUUGUCUAUUUGAUCCUACUAUGAGAGUAAGGAAUUGCGAUUAAAAAUAUGAAUAUGCACUCA